GAAUCCUGAAGCCUGAGGUUCUGGUGGGACCCUGUGUGAUGAUUCGGCUCCGGUAAAUGUACAGAGCGCCGGCCAAUCCUGUGUCCGGGAACCCGGGCGCAACAUCUCAGGCCAGGCGCUCACCCUGGCGGCCUCCGACCCGCGCUACGCUCGCGAGUCCUUCCCGGGCCGCGGCUCCGCGCGGCGGGGUGCAGGGACGCCUUCUCUCCCGCGCGCCCGGCUCUGCAAGCUGAGAUUCCGAAACUCCCCACGCUACCCUGGGAAGCAGAGUCUCCAGCUAUGCUUCCCAGGUGGGAACUGGCUCUCGGCCUGCUUGUUUCCUUGGGCUUCCACUUCCGGUCUUUCUAUGAAGUUUACAAAGUCUCCAGGGAGCAUGAAGAGGAACUGGACCAAGAAUUUGAGCUGGAGAUGGAUACUCUAUUUGGAGGACUGAAGAAGGACCCAACUGAUUUUGAGUGGAGCUUUUGGCUGGAAUGGGGGAAGCGGAGGCUGGUGUGGCUCUUCCUUGGCCAUGCGGCUGUGUCUCAGUUGGCCACUUUGCUCGCAAAGAAGCACAGACCCUGGAUUGUCAUGGUCUAUGGAAUGUGUGCCUGCUGGUGUGUACUGGGGGCUCCAGGCGUGGUCAUGGUCCUUCUCCACACCACCAUCGCCUUCUGCGUGGCGCAGUUCCGAUCAAUGCUCCUGUCCUGGCUGUGCUCUCUCCUUCUACUCUCCACCCUGAGGCUGCAAAGUGUGGAGGAAGUUAAGAGAAGAUGGUUCAAGACAGAGGAUGAGUAUUACCUGCUGCAGUUCACGCUCACUGUCCGCUGCCUGUAUUACACCAGCUUCAGCCUGGAGCUGUGCCGGCAGCCUCCGUCUGCCCAGCGAAUCUUCUAUUCCUUCCCAUGGCUGCUGACGUACGUCUUCUAUUACCCCGUCUUCCACAACGGGCCCGUCCUUACCUUCCCGGAGUUCUUCAGACAGAUGCAGCAGCCAGAGCUCGGCUCUCUGCAGCACAGCCUCUGCGUUCUAGCCAAGGGCCUGGGCCGCCUGCUGUGCUGGUGGUGGCUGGCCGAGCUGAUGCUACACCUCAUGUACAUGCAUGCCCUCUACAGCAGCAUCCCCCUCCUGGAGAGCGUUUCCUGCUGGACCUUAGGAGGACUGGCGCUGGCCCAAGUACUCUUCUUCUAUGUGAAGUACUUGGUGCUCUUUGGUGCUCCGGCUCUGCUCAUGCGCCUGGACGGACUCACACCACCACCCCUUCCCCGUUGUGUGAGCACCAUGUACAGCUUUACUGGGAUGUGGAGGUAUUUUGAUGUUGGACUACACAAUUUCUUAAUCAGGUAUGUGUACAUCCCACUGGGUGGGUCCCAGCGUGGCCUGUUGGGGACACUGUUUUCUACUGCGAUGACAUUUGCAUUUGUGAGCUACUGGCACGGCAGCUAUGAGGACCUCUGGUGCUGGGCAGCGCUCAACUGGCUGGGAGUCACUGUGGAGAGUGGGGUCCGGAGGCUGCUAGAGACACCCCGUGUCCAAGAGACUUUGGCCCAGCACCUCUCCCCACAAGCCCGCCGCCGAUGGCACGCUCUGCUCGCCUCCUGCUCCACCUCCAUGCUGAUCCUCUUCAACCUGGUGUUCCUCGGGGGGAUUCAUGUUGGGAAAACCUACUGGAACAGGAUCUUCCUACAAGGGUGGCCAUGGGUGACCCUGUCUGUCCUGGGAUUCCUGUACUGCUAUUCACAUGUGGGCAUUGCCUGGGCUCAGACAUACACAGUUCUUUAACUGUUUAUGGCUGCUGGACCAGCUCAGCCUCCAAGGGACUUAGCAUUUCAUCCUGACUGCUCACUCUGAGACCAUCCCUGAAAGACCACCACCUUCCACUCCAGGACAGUCCCUGAGGGAUCACCUUACACUCUGAGACCAUCCCUGAAGAACCACCUUCCAAUCUCGGACAAUCCCUAAGGGACCAUCUUCCACUCUAGGGUAGUUCCUGAGAGACCACCUUCCACUCCAGGACAGUCCCUGAGUGACCACCUACACUCAUCUUCUGCUGAAGAUUCCACGACGGGCAGCUUGAUCAAUUACAGUAAAUAUACAACCCAAACAUCUUCUAGCUUUGGAGCCUCAGAGAUUUUUUAUGUACCCCCCAUAAGCUUCCUGAUGCCUAAGGUACAGUCUAGAGCAGUCUCAGGUUUUUCCUGACUAUACUUUGUUCUAGAACCUUCCAUAGACCUGUUUGAUUUUUUCUUCUCUACCAAAGAUUCAGUGUGGCAGACAUGUGUUUUGACAUAGAAGUCCUGGUUAGGGAUUGUCCUGUCAUGCUUGGAAUGUCUUUCUGGGAAAUUCUGUGAUACUUUGAUGACUACUUUCUGUGCUGCACUGGAGGCUCUGGACUAACUUUUGCAUGAAUGGUCCUUAGACAGGGAAACAGGAAAACCAUAUUUCAUGUUGCAGGUGACCUAGCUAAAGUGAGUGAUGUGCAGCUGGGGCUUUCCAAAGAGUUCUGUAAUUUGAACUUUACUGGGGAGUCCACACAUGACCAGCUGCUUUCUGAGACCUGUAGCCAUGGAGUAACACGGUGGUUCCUCUCACAGCCGUUCUGCACAGAAGUGGAAUUCAAAAGCCAGAGAGUAAGAUGUCCACACACAGGUGGUAUUGGACAAGGCCUCAGGGGAGAGUGGCAUCCCAAGGUCCCAUGUGUUUUACUCAGUGGGUUUUAUUGCCUUACUAUUAUUUUUUCAAAAAAAAAAAAGCAGAACUUGUUUUUGCUACAUAGAUAAUUCUGAUUUUCUUCUAGACUUAUUUUGGAUAUUUUUAAAUAAAAAUUUUAAGAUCU